AUGAAGGCUGUUUUUCUCUUGCUGGUCUGUGUAACAGUUUGUGCUGUUCUUGGUGUUUGUGAAGGAGGAAAUUUAAGGAGGAAUUUCUACGAAAAAUCAUGUCCUCUUGCAGAAGAAAUCGUCCAGAACGUCACAUGGAAGCAUACCUCCACCAAUCCAAUCUUGCCGGCGAAGUUCCUCAGAAUGCAUUUCCAUGACUGUUUUGUUAGGGGUUGUGAGGGCUCAAUUUUAUUGAACUCGAUUGCAAAUAGCAAGGCAGAAAAAGAUGCAAUUCCAAAUCUUUCCCUGACGGGUUUUGAUGUUAUCAACGACAUUAAAGCUCAGCUCGAGACAAAAUGUCCAGGAGUUGUAUCUUGUGCAGAUAUUCUUGCUUUGGCAACCAGAGACUCGGUUUCUUUUCAGUUUCAAAAUAAAAAGCCAAUUUGGGAAGUGCUCACUGGUAGAAGAGAUGGCAGAGUGUCCCUUGAAACAGAAGCCUUGGCCAACCUGCCCUCCCCUUUCUCUAACUUCACCACCCUCCAGAGGAUUUUGUCAGUCAAGGACUCAAUAUCCAUGACCUUGUGGUAUUAUCAG